AGUUUUACCUUAACCAAAAUCGAGGAUAAAUUCAUUGUCUCUCCAGUGUAUCGAGUGAAAACUUAGUAAAAAUGAUUUAUCCUCAAGAUUUUCCACCGAAGAAAAAUAUUAAUCAGAUUACUAUAGCAACAUCGAUCAAUGAUUUCAAUAUGAGAGGUCUGAUGAAACCACUCACAUCAGACAAAACUCAAACGAUUCAAAUAAGGAGUAUUUGGACACGCUAUUGCUUAAACUCCUCUGUUCAUGGACUUCGGUAUUUAGUUGAACCAACAGUUAAAGCUAAUGAACGGUUUGUUUGGUUCGUUCUCAUCUCCCUUGCGUUUUGUGGAACGCUUUACGUCUCGCUACUACUUCAAGUACGAUAUUCUACAAACAAGCUGGCGACGGUAGUGGAGAGUACAAUGUAUCCAGUUGCAUCGAUUCCAUAUCCGGCCGUGACAAUCUGUAACAAUAACCGUGUCAACUGGGAUAGAGUUCCUUCGGCCUUAGAUUAUUUCCUGAAAAAUGGAACCAGUGAAACCAUUGGAAAGUUAACUGAGAUCAUUAUUGGCCUAAAUUCAUUUGAAUUUUCUUCUUUCGAGCACUUUGAAAAUGUUGUUCAUAAAGAUGUGAGUGACUUAGAUAAUAUCAACGUGACGGAACUGUUUUCGCGAGUGAUACAUAGUUGUGAAGAAAUGUUCAUCGAGCCUUGCUGGUGGAGAAGCAAAUACGUUCAAUGCUGUGGAGAAAAUGGGUUAUUUGUUUGGCAAAGAUCUGAGUAUGGAAUUUGCUAUGCAUUCAAUUCCGUCCUAAAUGAGAAUGGAUCAUCUAGAUAUCUACUCGAAAAAGACUAUCCAUGGAGGACCACAAAGUUCAGUGACUGGAGUGGAAUAAGAGCUUACAUCCGAGUUAAUGACAGCACAAGAAUUCCAAAUACUAAAACAAAAUCGGGAGUUCUAGUAAUGCUGCAUCACCCUCUAACUUGGCCGAUUGCUGCUAGUUUUGUUCCAGCUGGCAGUUCGACUUACAUUAGAAUGACACCAAAAUUUUCUUAUGCUUCGAAGGGAGUGCUAAGCUUACAACCAAAAGAGCGAAAUUGUCUUGUCACGAAUGAAAUACAUACAAACCGUUACAGCACAUUGCCAGGAACUGAAUAUUUUUUCACCAAUUGCAUAUGCAACUGUCGAAGGCAGUAUUUGAUUUCGACGUGCAAUUGCACCGUUGAUUUUAUUUAUCCAUCUGGAAACGAUCGGCAAUGCAAAAUAAGUGACUACAAAUGCUUAAAUCAAUUUAACGAUUUAUAUAACCACGAGAAACCGUUGCCAGGGAAUGAUUUUUUCUCUGAUGAAGAGGAAGGAAUGGUGUGCGACUGCUUACCGGAAUGUGAAGCUGUUGACUACGCAUUCGAUGUAGCGCCAGCUAUAAGCACAGGUACUGAUAAUGGAACCGACAAUCAAAUUUUAUUGGAUGUACACUUUCAACGAUCUACACUGUUUAAAUACCGGACCGAUGUGGUCUUUGAUUGGCUGGAUCUGAUGGUCGGCUUUGGAGGCAUAGCGGGACUGUUUCUUGGAAUUUCUCUCAUGAGCAUUGCGGAAGGCAUUUUUUACUUAGGUGUUGGAAUUUUGAACAUUUUACGUGGAAUUUUACAUGUAAUUUUACGAGUAAUUUGCAAAGUUAAAUAAAAUGAGCAUUCUGGCUA